CACCGCCCUUCGCCCAGCCCGCGAACCCGAAUCGCUUCCCACCAGUCCCCUCGCUCGCUCGCUGCCGCCACCACCCAGCAACAUCGCCCGCUGCCGCCAGCCCGGCUGCCCCCGUGCAUUCUUGAUGAUAACCCGGCUCUAGCAUACGCCUCCAGCAUCCAGAAGGCGGCGCCAUGUCUUCGGCGAACAGCAUCAAGGUCGUCGCCCGGUUCCGGCCCCAGAACCGGAUCGAGAACGAGUCGGGCGGACAGGCCAUUGUCAGGUUCAGCGGCGAUGACACCUGUACCAUCGACUCCAGGGAGGUCCAGGGCACCUUCACCUUCGACCGCGUCUUUGAUAUGAACUGCAAGCAGUCCGACAUCUUCGACUUCUCUAUCAAACCGACGGUGGACGACAUCCUCAACGGCUACAAUGGAACCGUCUUCGCCUACGGCCAGACCGGUGCUGGCAAGUCCUAUACCAUGAUGGGCAGCAGCAUAGACGACGACAACCGUGGUGUCAUCCCGCGCAUCGUCGAGCAGAUCUUCGCUAGCAUCAUGUCCAGCCCCGGCACUAUCGAGUACACCGUGCGCGUCAGCUACAUGGAGAUUUACAUGGAGCGCAUUCGCGACCUGCUAGCCCCGCAAAACGACAACCUCCCCAUCCACGAGGAGAAGAACCGCGGCGUCUACGUCAAGGGGCUCCUGGAGAUCUACGUGUCCAGUGUUCAGGAGGUGUUCGAGGUCAUGAGGCGGGGAGGAAACGCGAGGACAGUGGCGGCCACUAACAUGAACCAGGAGUCUUCGCGAUCGCACUCCAUAUUUGUUGUCACCAUCACGCAGAAGAACGUCGAGACGGGCUCCGCCAAGAGUGGCCAACUCUUCCUGGUCGAUCUGGCUGGUAGCGAGAAGGUCGGCAAGACCGGCGCCAGCGGACAGACCUUGGAGGAGGCCAAGAAGAUCAACAAGUCUCUGAGCGCCCUCGGCAUGGUCAUCAACAACUUGACGGACGGAAAAUCCUCAUACAUCCCGUAUCGGGACUCGAAGCUUACCCGCAUCCUGCAAGAGUCGCUUGGUGGAAACAGUCGGACCACUCUCAUCAUCAACUGUUCCCCCAGCUCGUACAACGAUGCCGAGACGCUGAGCACAUUGCGCUUCGGUAUGCGCGCCAAGUCGAUCAAGAACAAAGCGAAGGUCAAUGCGGAGCUCAGCCCUGCCGAGCUCAAGAUGCAGCUCGGGAAGGCCAAGACCACCAUCACGUCAUUCGAGAACUACUGCACUAGUCUCGAAGGGGAGGUCACCAUCUGGCGCUCUGGAGAGGCUGUCCCGAGGGAAAAAUGGGUCCCGCCACGGGGAUCAGAUGGCGCCCCGUCUGCCAAGGGGGCUCUACCGCCCCGGCCUUCGACGCCUUCCAGGCUACUGCCCGAAACAAGGGCGGAAACCCCGGGCCCCGAACGCUCGGCAACACCCUCGAUCCCGCUCGAAAAGGAUGAGCGUGAGGAAUUCUUGCGGCGGGAGAAUGAGCUGCAAGAUCAGCUGGCGGAGAAGGAGUCGGCCGCGGCGACAGCCGAGCGGCAGUGGCGGGAAGCCAAGGAGGAACUCACCAUCAUCAAGGAGCACGAUGGCAAGCUGGGGAAAGACAACGAGAGGCUUCUGAGCGAGGCCAACGAGCUCAAGAUGCAGUUCGAGCGUCUCACCUUUGAGGGCAAGGAGGCUCAGAUCACGAUGGAUGCGCUAAAGGAGGCCAACUCUGAGCUCACGACAGAGCUCGACGAGCUCAAGCAGCAGCUACUAGACGUCAAGAUGAGCGCGAAGGAGACCACGGCAGUGCUUGAUGAGAAGGAGAAGAAGAAGGCGGAGAAGAUGGCCAAGAUGAUGGCCGGCUUCGACCUAGGCGCCGACGUGUUUAGCGAAAACGAAAAGUCCAUUGCCGACGCCAUCAAACAACUCGAGACCCUCUUGGAGCUGAGCAAUUCAGGCGACCCUAUCCCUCCGGAUGAGCUUAAGCAGCUGCAGUCUAGGCUGGUGGCGACCCAAGGAAUCGUUCGACAGGCCGAGCUCUCGUUGUACAGCAGCGCCUCGAGCGGAUCAGAGGCGCGGCGCAGGGUCGAGCUCGAGGCUCGGCUCGAGGCGCUUCAGCAGGAGUACGAAGACCUCCUCUCGCGCAACCUCGGCGAGGCCGACGUGGAGGAGCUGCGCGGACGUCUGGCAAAGGCGUUCGAGGACAGGCAGGGCGCACAGGCGGAGCUUGUCGAGGAGCUCAAGGCCGAGAUCGCACAAAAGGCGGCCGAGGCGGAGCGGAUGAAGGUCUUGAUCGAGGACCUCCAGCGCCAGACCAAGGUUGCCGCCGCCGCCGCCGCCGCCAACGGGACUGCGGGCGCGGGCGCGAGCGCGCCCGCCGUCAACGGAAAGUCGGUGGCGCAGCAGAUGGCCGAGUUUGACGUGAUGAAGAAGAGCCUGAUGCGCGACCUGCAGAACCGCUGCGAGCGCGUGGUGGAGCUCGAGAUCUCGCUCGACGAGACGCGCGAGCAGUACAACAACGUGCUGCGGUCCAGCAACAACCGGGCGCAGCAGAAGAAGAUGGCGUUUCUGGAGCGCAACCUCGAGCAGCUCACGCACGUGCAGCGCCAGCUGGUCGAGCAAAACUCGAGCCUCAAGAAGGAGGUGGCCAUUGCGGAGCGCAAGCUCAUCGCCCGUAACGAGCGCAUCCAGAGUCUGGAGAGCCUGCUCCAGGACGGCCAGGAGAAGAUGGCACAAGCGAACCACAAGUUCGAGCUCCAGCUGGCCGCGGUCAAGGAGCGGCUCGAGGCGGCAAAGGCCGGCAGCACCCGCGGGCUCGGCUCUCCAACCGGUCUUGGGGGCUUCAGCUUUGCGAACGCCGGCAGCCGCAUCGCCAAGCCUCUGCGCGGCGGCGGCGGCGCCGACACGGCGACCAACCCGAUUGUCAGCAACCUUCAGACUUCCAGCGAAAACAAGAGGUCAAGCUGGUUUUUCAACAAGUCAUAGAUGCAAGCCCAGCCCUAGACGGCAAGCUGUUCCGGCGGUGUCCGCAUGGCCCGGCCCCGCCAUGCCCAAGACGAUGACGAAGAUUAUGUGCCUCUUAUCGUUUGGAUGAAUUUAUGGAGGCCAUCUUGAGAAGCAAGAAGACCUGUUUGUUUACGAGCCCUUAGAGUUUGAAAGAGUCCAUGUCAGCAAUCUUUCUUUUUUCCCCUCCCCCCUAGACGCCGCAGCAAAGGAGGAAUGGAUAUGCGAUUGCCAAGGUUUUUGUUUUCCUUUGUGUGUCCUCUGUCCCCCUUUUUCUUCUUCUCAUAUCCCCCUCCCCUCUUCCUUCCUGCUUUUCUUCGUGUAUGGCCUCCCGAUGACAAAGAUGCCUCGGUCCGGUUUUGCCUCUUUGCGCAAAACGGUACGUAGGGCCGACCGACGGUGCGUGCGUCAAGGCGCUCCAGGACUACGGGGUUUGGGUUUCCUUGUGUCUGGCAUUCAGGCAGCACCUAACUGCGCUGAUCAGCAUACCAUCUCCAAAUGUCAUAGGAAAUAGGCGUAUAAGGGAAUAGAGGCAAGUGCCUGUCACACGGUCAUGAGUAUCGUCCUUUUUUUUUUUUUUGUAUGUGCAAGUGUUUUGUCUUGGUUGUGGGUGGCGCAAUUGUGGGAUAUUUGCGUGCUGGGAAAGGCAAGAAAGCAGACGAUGUAGCUGCCUUCAAGGCACAAUGCAGAGGCAGCUGGGCGGCCUCGACUCGACCAACCGACAUCAAGCUCCAGCCGUAUAUAAAGAACCAAAGGAUAAUGGUGCCGGGCUUGAGUGAGGUAUCUUGAACUCCAGGCUAUCAUACAGCUGCUGAGGAAAGGAUAUAAAAUAAACAUUAAAGAAAAUCGUGAGUCGCAGGGACGUGUUACAUGAGAG